AUGAAGUCUUUCAUCUUCCUUGCGGGCACUUGUCUCGCUCUAUUCAACACAAUCCCUGCCACUUCUGCUGAAGGAAAACGUGGAAUAGCAUACAACAAUCCUACUUGGGCAGCCUACUUUACCAAGAAUAGCACCCAGGUCACCUGGGCGUACAACUGGGCUUUCACAGGACCUGGUCUCACCUCCAGCCUGGAAUUUGUGCCUAUGCUAUGGGGUAUAGCUAGCCCCAAUGAUGUUGGGAAUUGGCAAACAGCAGCUCUGGGCGCAAAAUCCGUGCUUGGAUAUAACGAGCCCGACUUAAAUACGCAAUCUAACAUCAUACCCUCUGAUGCUUCUGGCAACUGGACGAUUGACAUGAAUCCAUUGGCCGGAAAAGUCAAUGUUGGAGCUCCAGCAGUUACCAAUGCUGGAAACGGCGUUUUACCAUACGCGGGUUUGGGCUGGCUCGACUGUUUUUUUGAAGGCUGCACAAGCUGUACCGUUGAUUUCAUCCCACUACAUUGGUAUGCCAAUGACACAGCCGACAAUUUCAAAGCCUACUUGACCGAAGCACAUGAGCGAUUCAACAAGACAAUUUGGGUCACCGAGUUUAUGCUGCAGGACAGCGCGAAUAAUCAGAUCGCCUUCCUGAAAGACGUAAUGCCGUGGAUGGAUCAGCAGUCGUGGAUUGGGCGGUAUGCAUAUUUCGGCGCGUUUGAAGGUAUGCUAGUGAACGGCCAAGGGACAGGUUUGUCAACUAUUGGCGAGGCAUAUAUCGCCUAA